AUGAAGAUUUACAUUCUGGCAGGAUCCACAGUAAACAAAAAGAAAUUGAAUGAAAUUUCGAAACAUAGUAGCAUCGUCCAGACUCUUCUGAGUGCAAGGGCUUCGCCAAAUAUCGUUCACUCUAAUACAGGUAUCACGCCACUGCAUAUUGCAUCUAUGCUAGGAAGUCUCGGAAGCGUCGGCGACGGAAACGUUACUAAACGCGUGGCCUUGUCAUCGGUGCAAAAGAUUAAUGUUAACUGUUCUUCAUUUCGCCAGUGCGGAUACACAUCAUUGCAUAUAGCAGCUCUGAAAAGUCAUUCGGAAUGUCUACAAAUGUUAAUCGACAACGGUGGCAAUUUACUCGCGAAAACCGAAACUGGACUUACGGUGAUUGAUUUUAUAUUCGUCAAAAUACGGCAGCCAAUCUCGUUUCCAUCUUCGUGCGUUAUAAUGGAUUCCAGAGAUCACACGAUAAUAAAAACAGCGUGA